AUGUCCAAGAGAGGACGCGGAGGAGCGUCGGGAGCGAAGUUUCGAAUAUCCCUUGGUCUUCCAGUUGGUGCCGUCAUUAAUUGUGCCGACAAUACUGGUGCCAAGAAUCUUUUUGUUAUCGCCGUCUAUGGAGUCCGUGGAAGGCUCAACAGGCUUCCGAGUGCUGGAGUUGGAGACAUGUUUGUUGCUUCAGUAAAGAAAGGAAAGCCGGAGCUGAGAAAGAAGGUCCUUCAAGCAGUGGUAAUCCGACAACGCAAGCAAUUCAGACGAAAAGACGGAACAUUCAUCUAUUUCGAGGAUAACGCUGGAGUGAUAGUCAACAACAAAGGAGAAAUGAAAGGCUCCGCCAUCACAGGACCUGUCGCCAAGGAGUGUGCAGAUCUUUGGCCUAGGAUUGCUGCUAAUGCUGGUUCUAUUGCGUAA